CCUGGCAAUACGGAACCUUCAAGUGAAUGCUACUUCUAUAAAUACGACAAAUGUCGCUAAGUACAUACUAUUUUACCGCGAACAGUUACAACAUGAUAAGGAUAGUCUUGUGUUUGUGUGUGUUACGUGUGGCUGCUAUUAUUGUGACUGAUGCACCACCAAGUACAGAAUAUAAUUAUUGGUACAAUAUAGGAGAUCCAACAACGGGAGCUGUCAAAUUUCAUAAGAAAAUAAGUCUGGGAAAUUUCAGAAGGGGAUCCUAUUAUUUAAUAGACCCAGAUGGGAGCAAACGUACGGUUGACUCCAAGAAUGAUUUCAAGGCUAUUAUAAGAACAGUACCAUACAAUUCGCAUAAGUCAUAUAGUCCGUUUAAUUAUGCAUAUCGAGUGCCACUUCCAGAAUUUCACCAGCCACCAACAACGAGUACAAAUUCGAUACAAGACGAGCCUGUCCUUUUCACACCGGGAAAUAAUACUCAAAUAGAUAGACCUACUUUUAGCCAGAGGCAAUUGUUUAUGCCAAAUUAUAUGCAUCAUUAGGAAUAAAAACGUGUGUAUGUUUUAUAAUAUAAACCUUAUUAUAUUAUAAGUUUUAAUGUUUUUCGAGUAUAAUUAUUACUCUAAAAACAAUAUCAAUUUAAUAACAAU